GCUUGGAGAAGCUGUUCAGAUUAAACUCCAUCCAGCGCGUUGCUCAGGCGUAGAUGUUGCCUGAGACUUCGGCCGUGGGUUGGGGGAAGGAGGGCAAAUACCAGGAGGAAAAAAAACACGGGAAGCACUUCCACCCAGGCAUUCCUGCGCAGUGCGGUUUGGGUGGAUGCUGCCCAGAUCCUGCUGAACCCCUUCUCAGCCACAGCCUUUAUUUACUCUUGUCACACAUUUAUUUUUGUCCUUCAGAAAUAGACAUGGUUCAGUUAAUAAUGUCUUUGUUAAUACUGCUGUUUGUUUUAGCAUGACAAGUUAUUUUAAAGCACAAAACAAUAAAUAAUUUCGCUUAGCCUCUAAAGACGACAGUAGUAAUUACAGUCCUGUGAAGCAUGCUUCCAAAAAACAUCUGACACAACAAGUUUUGAACAUGAAGUUGAGUUUUAAAAAAUCUUUACAGGCGAAUUAAUGACCAUUCUGUUUCAUGUUCUAAACCAUUGAAAGGCUGAGGACAAGAGAAACACGUGAUAUCCAAAACAGGCUUUAAUCAAAUGGGAUAAAACCAUUAAAAAGUAAAGUUGGGCACUUUCUUUGUUUUUCUUUGUAAGUUUUUUAUGAUUUCUUUGUAAUUCAUUUGUUAGAGGAUUUUUUGGCUUUCUUACAUGGGUGGCUUUGGUUUAGAGAAAUUCUUGUGACUUGCAGGAACACUUCAUUUCUCAAGCAAGUAUCUUGCUUGUCAGAUUAGCAUGUUGUGUCUGUACCUUAUUGCUGACCUUCAGUGUGUUGGGAUAGCAGGGCAGGUACUUUCAAAUCUUGGCACCUGGCAGGAAGAAAGGAGAAGGUAGCGUUACAAAAAUAAGUUAGCUUGUUCAUUUUGGCAGGAAAAAAUAGAGCAAAAAAAGCAAAGCAGAAGGGGGGAAAGGAAGGACGUACACAAGCCAGAAAAACAAGGAGUGGCUUUUCAGAGUUGAUUAGUUGGAGAUAAUCUUCAAGGUCCUGACCUGUUCUAUUCAGGUCUGAACUUUCUGCAGAAAUGGCUGAGCUCUCUGCUCUCGUGGUUUUCUGUACUUCUGCUGUCCCACAUGGAUGAUAGAGGAAUAAUUUGCAUUAAAGAUGUUUCUUGGAGGUAAAAUUAAUGUCACUGACUGACCACAGAAAUGAAAACAAAUUCAAAUCAAAUAAACUUUCUGCUCCACCUCCUUAAAAUCAGAAUAAAGUGACCUAGCUUUGUAGUAGUGCCAUUUGAGUAGAAUCAAACAUUCUUUUAUGUGUGGCAUGCAAGUUUCUCUAAGUUUUGCAUGUAUUUGAAAGAUUAAGAGAUGAGAAGGUUAGAAAUUUUCCAGUCAAAACUCUCCUGGACACAAUCCCAUGCAACCUGCUGUAGGUGAACCGGCUUUAGCAGUGAGAGGGUUGGACUAGAUGAUCUCCAGAGGUCCCUUCCAACCCCAGUCAUUUUGUGAUGUGAAAAUAUUAGGCUGUUUUUAGCUGUUGUUUUUAUUUCUUUAAUGUGCCUUACUUAGUGGACGUGAACAUGGAGGUAGACUUCUCAGAUUUUCUUUCUUACUGAGCUGUGUUUCCUGCUCCUUUAUGAGGUCUUGUGAUUACUUUUUCAAUGACACUUCAUUAAAGUACAAGGUAAUCAUGUUAUAGUAGCUUUAAUUCAUCAUCAUCUGAAAAAAACCCAGUAGAUAAUGAAAUUACUAAAGAUUGGAUAACCUUGUUUGCCAGCUUUUAGAGGCAGUGGUUGUGUAGAAUAAGCACGCAGUGCUCUGCUGAAGAUAAUUUAAAAUAAUGCUUUUGGGAUAAAUGUUACAGUACUGAGAUUUAGGGAAAUGAAACUGCAGUGAAAUCUACUAGUAAAGACUUCUUUUUCUUUCCCUUUGCAAUGCUGUUCAGGAUGUUUGCAGUCCACUGUGCUUGAGACUGCACCUGGAGGCAAGGGAUGUGAAGGGCACUGGAAAAGGCUUCUGUGGAGACGCCACAGUGGUGAAAUGGUGACUAGGGAGAAUUUGGGGCUGGUGCUAAAUGGCACAGGAGACCUGAUGUCACAAGGUUGAGGGCAACAUUUUUGCUUUGAUCUUUAUUUGCAAGGCCUGUUUCCAGCUUUCUCAAGUCCCUGGGUGUAGCCACAUGGGUCUGACAGAGUGAGACACUUCUUUGUCUAUGGUAGAAGAGGAGCAAGUGAGGGGCAGGCCGGUUCUGUGAGGCAUGCAUUGGAUGGGAUGCCUCCAAGGGAGCUGGCCAGUGUCAUUCAUGGAUUGUUUUGGGCUUGAAGGGACCUUAAAGAUCAUCUAUUUUCAAGCACCCUGCUGUAGGCAGGGACACCUUGUGAGAAUGGUCUCCGAAAGGCAGUGGAUUUGUUGGCAGGAGGGCUCCCAAUGUCUGGAAGAAAGAAAAUGUCACAUCUGGCUUCAAGGAGGAAGAGGAUAUGAGGAAACUACAGGCUGGCCAGCCUAACCUUAGCCUUGAGAAAUAUUAUGGGGCAAAUCCUCCUGACAGCCAUGUCUUGCAAGGCAAGAAAUUGUCUGGGUUAGGGAAUAGCUGGAAUGGAUUAGCCAAAGUCAAAUCUUGUCUGACCCAUCUGAUUGCCUUCUGUGAUGGGAUGAGAGGCUUAGGGUACCAGUGAAUGUUGUUUACAUUGGCUUGAAUGGUGGUUGAGGAGAUAACCUCAGAUCCUGGAGGCAGUGGGCACAGGCUGUGGCAAGCAAAGUUCAAAUGUGUGUAAGGAACGGCUUCUUUACAGCAAGAGUGGUCACUGGAACAGGUUCCCAGGAAGUGUCAGGGAAUCUCCAUCCUUCAAGAUACUAGAAACUCAAGUGGCCAGGGCCCCAAGCAGCCUCCAGACUUCAGAGUUAGCUCUGCUUUCUGCAGGGAUUGUACAAGAUCAUCUGUAGACUUCCCUGAAUUAUGCUCUGAUACUCAACACACUGUGGAGUUCUGGUAAUAAAGUACCGUAUCAGAUGCAACUUAAACCAGUUCCUAUGCCAUACAAGUUUUUAACCUCUGUCUCUUUAAAGUCAGAUGCUUUGGAGCAUCCUAACAUGGUGUGGGAAGUGAAGACAAAUCAAAUGCCUAAUGCAGUUCAGAAACUCCUUCUGGUAGUGGACAAGAGAACUUCAGGAAUGAACGAGUCACUGGAGUUGCUGAAGUGUAAUGAAAACCUGCCCUCUUCUCCUGGAUAUGCAUCCUGUGAUGAGCACAUGGAACUUGAUGAUCUUCCUGAAUUACAGGCUGUGCAGACAGAUUCUACCCCACCUGCACUUUUUCAGCUUGGUGCUGAUGUUUCACAUCAGGAAUGUUCAAGGCCUUCAUGGAGCCAACAUACCUCAAACAGCAAUCCAGAAAAUGCUUAUUCUUGUGAGAAUGGGGUGAACUGGUUGACAGAAUUAGCAAAUAUAGCCACAAGUCCUCAGAGUCCUUUGAUGCAGUGCGCUUUUUAUAACAGAUCAUCUCCUGUUCACAUAAUAGCUACAAGCAAAAGUUUACAUUCCUAUGCACGUCCUCCACCAGUAGCUUCAAACAAUGAUCCUAACUUCUCCAAGAAUGAUGUGGAUGAAACACCAGUCAGACACGAAAGGGCGAAUAGUGAAUCAGAAUCUGGCAUUUUCUGCAUGUCAUCACUUUCAGAUGAUGAUGAUUUAGGAUGGUGCCAUUCCUGGCCUUCAACUGUUUGGCAUUGUUUUCUAAAAGGCUCUCGUUUGUGCUUUCAUAAAGGACGCAAUAAAGAAUGGCAGGAUGUUGAAGAGUUUGCAAGAUCUGAAAGCUGUGGAAAAGAGGAAGAUCUCCCAGUGAGCCCUUACAAGGACUAUGGUUCCAAUGGUCUAAAGUUGAUUUCUCACGAAGAAAGUAUUUCCUGUGGUGAGUCAGUGCUGAAGCUGACUUUUGAUCCUGGCACAGUGGAGGAUGGCUUGCUUACCGUAGAAUGCAGACUCGACCAUCCAUUUUAUGUUAAAAAUAAAGGUUGGUCAUCUUUUUAUCCAAGCUUGACUGUGGUACAGCAUGGCAUUCCAUGCUGUGAAAUGCAUCUUGGAGAUCUGUGUCUACCUCCUGGACACCCUGAUGCCAUUAACUUUGAUGAUUCAGGUGUUUUUGAUACAUUUAAAAGUUACGAUUUCACACCGAUGGACUCCUCUGCAGUGUAUGUGCUCAGCAGCAUGGCCCGCCAGCGCCGCGCCUCUCUGUCCUGUGGAGGAUCAAACAAUCAGGAUGCUGAGAGAUCAGAAUGCAGUAAUAAAAACUGUGCCUCUCCUGCAUCGUCACAUCUUUCCUCCAAUCCUUUGUACAGCAAAGCUGGCAAAAGCCACAGCUCAGGGACUGCAAGUACUGUGAGUGCCACUUCUCCAAACAAGUGCAAAAGACCAAUGAAUGCCUUCAUGCUUUUUGCCAAAAAAUACAGAGUUGAAUACACUCAGAUGUAUCCAGGGAAAGACAACAGAGCCAUAAGUGUGAUACUCGGGGACAGGUGGAAGAAGAUGAAAAAUGAGGAAAGACGGAUGUACACACUAGAAGCCAAGGCCUUGGCAGAAGAGCAGAAACGUUUAAAUCCUGACUGUUGGAAAAGAAAACGAACAAAUUCUGGCUCACAACAGCAUUAAGCCAGAAUUUUUCUGUUAACUGUGUUUGCAAAAUGGCUGUUGCUCAAUGGCAAGAAGAUGCAAAAGAUCAAGGUCUUACUAUUUUUUGUGACUCUGUGUGACCAUAAAAUACUGGCACCAUCAAGUCGGAAAUGAUCUGAGUGCAGAUUUGCUUUUUACAAUAGAACAUUAAGUAAGCUAAAACUAUCAGCAUUUUAAACCAAAUUGCCUUAUUUUUCUUCCAAACUUCAUAUAUGUAUCAGGUAAUAUAGGCUUGAAAAUGGAUAUCCUGUGGUGCUAAAGUACUUUAGAAAGAGGCGAAGGAGAUGUGUAUAAAUGUUUAUUUUUAAAAGAAAAUGUACAAAAAGGGGAAUUUUAAAAUAUGUAACAGCUGUUUAUAUACAUUGAUUCUUAUUGCUGAUUAAUAUGUAUUGCACAACCAUAUUAUUAAUUGCAAUUCUGGGGCCUGGGGUUUUCUGAAAUGGCAAAGUGUAUUAUCAGUCUCCAGCUUCCCAGCCUGCCCCGCUGCCAGCAAGUUACCAGAACGUGUGGGAAUGGAGAGCAUGGUGUGAUGUAGCAAAGGAGCUGCUGCUUGGGAUGCCACUUAUAAAACCUGUAUCCACAAGGGAGAUAUUUUUGCAUCGGCUGGCACUAGUGAGAGCUGUCAUUUCAUGGUGGAAACAAUGGCCUGGGAGAGGAUGAAUGAAAAAAUAACGUUAUCUCAAGAAAAAUGGUGCUGUUGAUACCAUCACCAUCAUAGUUAUAACUCUGUGUUUUGUCUUUGCCACAUAUUCUACAAUAUUUUAUUUUGCCAUAAGACAUCUUUAUGGUGGGGGCAAACUUUGCACUUAACUAUACGUGCAACACUUGCACUUUACUUUUUUUUCUCCUCCAACUGUCUAAAAUUAGAGCAACUGCAUUAGGAUUACAAUUUGCUUCUGCUGUGAACUUUUACAAUCAUGGCUUUUCCUGUACUAAACAGCUGUGCGUUGUUUUUUUUUUAAGAAUCACAACUGUAAAUUUCAGUUUAUGACACGUCUACAUGAUGUUGCCCCUAAGAUUUUUGCACACUAUAUUCUUGUAUAUUAUUUCAAAUAAAUUCAUUAAAAUUUGGUGUUGUGUAUUUUAUAAAAUGAAGAAGACCAAUCACUAAUUCAGCCCUGCAGCAGUGAGCAUGUUCUGCCUGGAAGUCUUUACAUGAACCCAUCCAAAGUAUAUUUUUAUGCUUUACCAUUAGGAAGAUGUUGAAGAAUUUCAAAUACUGAUUUCCGGAUUCAAUAGUCAAUGUUCUUUAUUAGAGUUUAAGCAAAAAGAGAGUUGAAAUAAAUAUAAAUUAUUUCUAAGCAAGUAGCAGUGCAAUAGAGAAUCAUUUAGGUUAGUUAUAAAUAUUUUUCCUUCUGUUAAAAUUAGUGAUUUUUACAUGGAAACUGAUGAUUCUAGCAUUUCAUAAGUUCAGUUUUCUGAAUAAGGCUAAAAUGUAUCCAACUGUUUAAAACCAUACUUGUAGGAAAAGAGCUGCUUCCUUAUUUGAGAUAUUCAGCAAUUAUACUGUAAUAUUUGACUUCUAAUUUUACACUUUUCUAAAUUCAAAAGGAAUGCUUAAGAAUGUUUCAAUUAGAUGUAGACUUACAGCACAUAAAAGUUGUACAAUUUCCUUAUAAUAUUUCUGUAUAAGUUCCUGUAAUGUGAAAGUAAAGCAAGAAGACAAGUUUCAGAGAUGAAGUAGGUAAACACGUUUCAUUGUAAAGCUUCUGUAUUUGGGAAUAAUUUACAUGAACUGUAAAUACAUUUGUGGCACCAAA